GCAUAAUAAAUAAUAAUAAUAUUAUUAUACAUACGGUCGUGUCGUGUCCGUGUUUUCUUAUUGUCCCCUAUGGUGUUCUAAACAUUCACGCUGAUAGAGAAUGGUACAACAAAGGCCUUUUAUUUAUUAGUUUAUAACUCCCCCGUUGUCGCGUUACGUUGCACGUACAUUAUUAUUAUUAUUAUUAUUUUCGGACGUCCAUUAUUACAUUAUUUACUGUCGACUGCUGUACAUCACCCCCGCGCGAUAUAACACAAUUUGUGAUCGUUCCGUGCGCACAGCAAACGGCCGAGGGAUCAUCUUUGACAUUGUUUUAAUCAAUACGUUGUAGUAUGGUCGGUUGGACGGUCUAAAAAGUACGAAUUGCAACGAAAAAAAGUUACUUAGUUUUGACAAUUUAAGAAUGGAGGAAAAUAAUCCAACAUCGUCAUCUGCUAUAACUGAUAACCACGAAGAUGAAUACAAAAUAACAUGGACACAUCCAAGUCAUAUUUUUCAACGACUUGUAGCAUUAUUUUUAAUGUGUUUAAUUGGAUUCGGUUCAUAUUUUUGUUUUGAUAAUCCUGGAGCAUUACAAGAUGAUUUUAUUCAAGACAUGAAUUUAACAACUUCUCAAUUUGUUUAUUUGUAUUCGUGGUAUUCUUGGCCAAAUGUUGUUAUGUGCUUUAUUGGUGGAUUUUUAAUUGACAGUGUUUUUGGGAUACGUUUAGGUACCAUCAUCUACGCAUUGUUAGUUGUUCUCGGUCAAAUAGUAUUUGCUGCUGGUGCAUAUUUGAAUACCCUCUGGCUUAUGAUAAUUGGUCGUCUAAUAUUUGGAAUUGGCGGAGAAUCAUUGGCUGUUGCUCAAAACAACUAUGCAGUAUUAUGGUUUAAAGGAAAAGAACUAAAUAUGGUAUUUGGAUUUCAAAUAAGUUUUGCCAGAGUUGGUUCAACGGUGAAUUUUAUAGUUAUGGAACCAUUAUAUCGAUAUGUAAAAAAACAAAUAAGUGUCCCUAACUAUCAAAGUUUAUCAAUAGUUUUGUUAGUUGCAAGUUUGACUUGUGUUUUAUCAUUGGUAAGUGCCUUAUUACUUGCUUGGCAAGAUAAAAGAGCCGAAAAGUUACUUCAUCGAAAAACACCAGAUGCUACUGAAGUUGUCAAAAUGUCUGAUGUGCGAUACUUUCCAAAAGUUUUUUGGAUAGUUACAUUUAUUAUUGUUUUCUAUUACACAUCAAUUUUUCCAUUUGUUGCAUUAGGAAAAGUAUUCUUUGAAAAAAAGUAUAACUUUUCACCUGAUUCUGCCAAUUUGAUUAAUGGAAUUAUCUAUAUAAUAUCAUCAAUCUGUGCACCAGGAUUAGGUUUAGUCAUUGAUAAAACUGGACGAAAUCUAUUUUGGGUAUUCUUAUCAAUUCUUGGUACCUUGGUUUCGCAUAUGUUCUUGGCAUUUACAUUUGUAAACCCCUAUAUUGCUAUGUUCACAAUGGGAUUAUCUUACUCGAUGUUGGCAAGUGCAUUAUGGCCUCUUAUUGCUAUGGUUAUUCCUGAACAUCAAAUGGGAACAGCAUAUGGCAUAGCACAGUCUGUUGAAAAUCUUGGUCUUGCUGUUGUUGCUUUGUUAAGCGGUAUAAUUGUUGAUUCAGAUGGUUACUAUAUGGUGGAAUUAUUCUUCUGUCUUUUAUUAUCAGCCGCUUUGUUGCUGACAGCUAUUUUGUGGACAUGUGACUCCAUGAACAAAGGAAUUUUAAAUAUGAGUAUCCAUCAAAGAAAUCAACUUGAAUCCAACAAACCAUCUUGUCCGGAAAAACAAAAUCUUUUACACAAUAAUGACACCUUCAUUGAAGACUAAAUCUUAACUAAAUAUUAACCUUAACUUUUAUGUUUACUUUUUAUAAGGAAGAAAUUAAUCUUUGAACAAUAUAUUAUUCUUAAAUAAAUCACAACUUAUACGGAUUUAUUAAUAUCAUAUAUGUAUAACAAAUAUAUUCAUAAACCAAAUUAUAUGAAAUUCUUACUCAAACAUAGCAUUGUAUGCAUAUUGUGUAUUGUGCAAAAAUAAAUAUAAGUAGUAUGAAUUUUUUUAGCAUAAAAGACUUAUUAUUUUAAAAU